GUCAAUUUGGGGGUUGGCGACCAUUCGUUACUUUGCGACCGUUUUAAGCUAAUACUGCAGCAAUACUUAAAUAAUAAGCAUUAUAUCCUUCUCUUUCACACGAACUUCAGCUAGCGCAAAGUAAGAUAAUACUAUUCCUCGGGUUUCUUAAAAUUGGCAGGAUAACAUUAAACGUGUGACGACAGGCUUUCCUUCAUUUCGUUGCCAAUGCCAGCCGUGUGUGCACGCUCGCAAAAUAAGAAAAAAAUUAGUAAACACAUGCUGUUUUCGAAGUGAGUAUUUUCCUUACUUUUCUACUUUUGCGGGUCAUGAUAGUUUUUACAAUGUCUAUAGUGCUUGGAUCAUACGUUUUUGCAAUUAUUUAAUGAAGAAUAUAAUUAAAUAUCUAAAAAACACGGUGGUCGCAUACUCAUACAUGGAUUUUGUAGAUAUUUUAUUUUGCGGCCGGGUGGUCGGUUUACUGACAUCUUGAGUCAUAAAUAAUUUGUCUUUUUCUUACACUUAAUACAAUUAAAGUAUUGAUUACGAAUAUACAAUUGAUUUUGUAGCGUGACGAGAGCACUACUGUUAGUUUGCGGCCGCCAAAACAUACUUAAAUCUUUAGAUUUUUGUGUUGAUGUGGUCGUAAUCUGACUAUCGCAAAUUAAGAUUUUGUUUUACGACCACCUAAUCAUUAUAGGCGCGUUUGGAUGCCGUAAUCUAGUUCGAUAAGGUCAAUAUGCGGCCACCGUUGGAAUACUUGGAAUGUAAAGAAUUUUUUCAAUAAUAAAAUAAACCACGUGUUAUUUUGAAGAGAUAUAAAUAAAGUAAAGCAAUUUUAUUACUUUACAGAUGUCGAAUGCAUCAAAAAAGAAAAAAACUGCUAACUAUCCACCAAAAAAUCUGGAACUGGCCCUUAAAGAAAUUAGAGAGGAUAAGAAAGGAAUCAGGGAAACCUCUAGAAAAUAUGGGAUUCCUAGGACUACCAUCCAAGACAGGCUUAUCGGGAAAAGGGCCGAUGAGUUAAAAAACCGAGGACCAGAACCUAUCCUAGAACAAUUAAAUCGACCAAGGCCUGAAAUAACUAAUCAAGAUCUGAAUUGUACACGAAAAGUCUUGCGUCAUUUAAGGCCAAUACUAAAAACAAAAAAAGUGGACGUAAACCUUAUUUUAAGAGAAAUUAAAAAAUUGAGAAACACGGAACCACAAGAUACCCAAAUCUUGUAUGAAACCGGAUCCGAAGAUAGGACCAAUUCAACAGUUCACCUAUCAGCUUCUAUAACAGCAGGAGAAGUAAAUACAAACAAUUCGAAUAAUUCAAUCGAGACGCAUUUCUCUAGCCUUGGCCAUAGCGGUGACCAAUUGAUAUUAUUACAGGAUAAUAAUGUUACGAACGCAAACCCUUGCCAUGACAUAUCGGUCGAAGUGGAUGUACAUAACGUGCAUGGAUCAUUGUCCCCAAAUUCACAACUAGAAAACCAAGCAGCUCAUGAGGAAAUUGACGAAACUCUUUCAACGUUCCACAUUUCCGGCAGUUACCUAGAGCACGGGUCUUUAGUAUCUUUGGAUGAUGUUCUUAUAAUUCCACUUCAAACAAGUACACCGUCACACCCAGAACAUCAAACUUCUGUAGCUGAAGCAUCUCAAAAUAACUCCAGUCAACCAGAUGCUAUACAAUUCAAGGUACCAAUGGCCAAGGUUGGUUUACUUCCUGAGUGCACUGAAAAAAUAUGUGAUACUACUCCAAAUUUACCUUUACUGUCACUAAAUGACGUAAUAAUCAUGCCUGAUAGUUCAGAACCGCCAUCUUUCAAUCCAAAAACCUUCUCUUCUCAGCCAAAUAAUUCAACACAAUCAACGCCCUUAUUACAGGAAUUAACUUUUGUUACUGAAAACAUACAAUCAGACAGUAGUGAGUCACAAUUUAAUCCUAAAUCUACCAACCCACAUGAAAUAUUCAAAAAACAUUUAUUUGUUCCUCAACCUUUGGAAAAAUCAAAGCAAACUGUUACCAAACCUAGACUUCCUGCUGCCAUUUCAAGCAGAAAGUGGCGUGAGUUUUACGAAGAAAAGGAAAAUAUAAAGAUUAAAAAAAAUGAAGCUGUAAAGCGUAAACAGGAAGUAUCAAAAAGAAAGAAACUGGAAAUGCAACAAGCUAAGAAAAAGAAGUUGAAAUCUCGCAAAUCACUAAAGACAAAUGUGCAAGUUAUGAAAGAAAAUUGUGCUCAGUGCACAGAUAUAUUAAACAGUGACACCGAGGAUGAUGAAAAUAAAAAUAUUGGUUGCGAUUUUUGCACCAAAUGGUUUCAUUUUAAGUGUACCCAUUUUAAAGGAUUAACGUACAAUCAGGCCAAAGAUAUGCCCUUUAAGUGUACUCCUUGUAUUUUAGAAGAAAAAUAAUGUAGCAUUAUUUUUACAGUUAGUUUUUUUUCUUCGCAAUAACUAUUAUUUUAUUCUUCUAUGCAAAGCAGGCAAAUGUGAAGUGAUUACCUACUUAAUAUUAUUGAUCAUAUUUUUGUAAUAUACAUAUUAUAUUAUAUAAAUUAUUUUUAAGUCAUAAAAAAACAGAAAACAAGACUAAAUGUAUAGCUAAGUUCAAGUAAAAAUUUUGCCUGAAAGAUUAUAUUUAUUGUUGAUUUAUAUAUUAUUAUUUAUAUUAUUUUUGUUGGUUGAUUAUUAUUAUAUAUGACGUUAUUAGGUAUCUAUUGUUACAAAACUAUCUACUAAAAAGACAAAUGAAGACUGGGUAAGGAGCUUAGUGUAAGUUAACAUUGAGCAAGACUUUUAAUAUUGUUUGUGUUUGUGUUUUUUGAAAUAUUUUUUUAUAUAAAGUGAAUGCAACUAGAGUUUAAAAUAGUAGCUCAGUUUAAGUUAAGAUUUAUUAAGAAGUUCAGAUGUGCCGCCUAAGCUGAUGUUCAUGUGAAAAGUAAUUUAGUCAGGCUAUUAUGUGUUGAUUUUGAAUCUAUUUAGCAUUUAUAGAUACUCUUAUACUUAA